GACCGGCCACCGGAGGGGGGCGAACCCACGUCAACCUGUUGUUUGUCCGGUCCCCAUUGAUCUUGCCAGCGCCACAAGGAAGUGCGGCACCCACACGCUCUUGGAAAGUUCAGCAUGCAGGAAGUUUGGAAAGAGCGGGGCAAGUAGCUGGAGGGCACGGCAGCGCAGGGCAGACAGGCAGCGAAGGCGCGGAGCGGCGCAGCAGAGGUCCACCGGCCCAACCCGGUGGGCUUUAUUUAUUUAUAUAUUCAUUUCUGGAGAGACGUUGUCCCUAGGUCGCUGAUCCCAAAUGCACCGACUCAUUUUCAUCUCCAUUCUUGUGUGCGCGAACUUUUGCAGCUAUCGGGACACUUUUGCGACUCCGCAGAGUGCAUCCAUCAAAACUUUGCGCAACGCCAACCGGAGGAGAGACGAGGGCAAUCACCUCACAGACUUGUACCGAAGAGAUGAGAACAUCCAGGUGACAGGCCAUGGCCACGUGCAGAGCCCUCGCUUCCCAGGCAGCUACCCCCGGAACCUGCUCCUCACAUGGCGCCUCCAUUCCCAGGAGAAAACACGCAUACAGCUGGCCUUUGACCAUCAGUUUGGAUUAGAGGAAGCAGAAAAUGACAUCUGUAGGUAUGACUUUGUGGAAGUGGAGGAUAUCUCUGAAACCAGCACUGUAGUUAGAGGAAGGUGGUGUGGCCACAAGGAAACCCCUCCACGGAUAACGUCAAGAACGAACCAGAUUAAAAUUACAUUCAAAUCCGAUGAUUACUUUGUGGCAAAACCUGGAUUCAGAAUUUAUUAUUCACUGGUGGAAGAUUUCCAACCUGAAGCAGCCUCAGAGACCAACUGGGAAUCAGUCACAGGCCGUAUCUCUAAGCUCAAUGAAACCAAAUGCAUGGUGCAGUUGAAAGAGAUACAUGGGGUGUCCUAUCACUCUUCAUCAGUAACGGACCCGAUGCUCACUGCUGAUGCUCUGGACAAAACAAUUGCAGAAUUUGAUACCGUGGAAGAUCUGCUUAAGCACUUCAAUCCAGAGUCUUGGCAAGAUGAUCUAGAAAAUUUGUAUCUGGACACCCCUCAUUAUAGAGGCAGAUCAUACCAUGACCGGAAGUCCAAAGUGGACCUGGACAGGCUCAACGAUGACGUCAAGCAUUACAGUUGCACUCCCAGGAAUCACUCGGUCAAUCUCAGGGAGGAGCUGAAGUUGACCAAUGCAGUCUUCUUCCCGAGAUGCCUCCUCGUGCAGCGCUGUGGGGGCAACUGUGGUUGCGGAACUGUCAACUGGAAGUCCUGCACCUGCAGCUCAGGAAAGACGGUGAAAAAGUAUCAUGAGGUAUUAAAGUUUGAGCCUGGCCAUUUCAAGAGAAGAGGCAAAGCUAAGAACAUGGCUCUCAUAGAUAUCCAGUUGGAUCACCAUGAGCGGUGUGACUGUGUCUGCAGCUCAAGACCACCACGAUAAGACACCAUGCAUACAUGAAGAAUAAAAAGCUCUUUAGGUCCAGACAUGGUAAGGGACUCAUCCCACCCUAAGCAACCAAAAUUGCUUCUCAGCUGCAGUGCAGUGAACACAGGUGAAACCUCGCUUUGUUGGUGCCAUAGCAAGAAACAGAUACCAUUAGCUUCUAUAUCCAUAAAUAUAGGAAUUCAUUUAUUAGUAGUAUGUGAAGAUAUGUAUGUAUCCUGAGAUACAUGUCUAUCUCCAUGUGUGUAAAUAGAUGAAAUAUUUUAUUCAGUAUAUUUACUGAGGUCCUCCAAAGACAAAUGAUUAGAUUAUUACUCAAUAAUUUUGCUGUAUUAAGGAAUGUGUCAAACAUGAAAACAUCUCUUUAAAAAACUCAGAAUAUAAAUUUUUUGAAAUGUUUCACAAAACAUAUCAGAUCUUGUUCUCUUAAAGAAGGCUUUUGUCCAUUAAACAAAAGAUGAGAGAUUCUUGUGUAUAUCUUAAUUCCAUGGCAAAAAUAAAGUUUCCAGGGGCAAAAGCAAAUAUUUAAAUAUUUUCUGCAUGAGAUGCACUGCACACAUACAAAUACGAACAGUAAUUAUCUUUCUUUCCCCGAAAGAACACCAAAUAAUACACGGUUGUUAAGUAUCAAAUCAAGUCCUCUUUUAUGUAUUUUGUCAAGGCAAGCUCGCUCAUUGAGCAUGCUUCUCGAUGUUGCUCAGGAAGUGUUGUGAUAGUCCUUCAUGAAGCAAUCAAUAGAUUUCAGCAGAAUUUUUGAUUCUUUUCUGCAGAAAAGCAAGUAUUUUCAGGAAUAGCAUGCCAUUAUGCCUAAGCCUCUCAACAUGGCAUUCACAGGAAGAUGUGGAUCAUAGAAAGUCGGAAAUAAGCAAAUAUUGACAUAACUGGGAAUUGAAUAGGCUAUUAGAUACAGUUUGCAUUUAAAAAUUGAUCUACAUUCUCCAAACUGUGCCAGUCUUUCUCUGUUUUGUUUUUGUUUCUGUGUUUUCAAUACAUAUGCAUGGGCUUAUCAUGUUAUAUCAGACAGGCCAUCAUGAAAUAUAGCCCAAAAGCUUUUAUGUGUUAACAAAAUAACUUUUAUUUAUAUAAAUUCCUAAUUCUAUAGUUAAGAUUCUGAAUACAUAUUCUGAAUCAGUGGAAAUUAGAUGUGAGAUUUCCUGUCCUUUGCAAUCUUCAGACUCUGUUCUGUAGAACCUGCUACACAAUACGGUUGUUAAGGAUCAAAUCAAGUCCUCUUUUAUGUAUUUUGUCAAGGCAAGCUCGCUCACUGGGCAUGCUUCUCGAUGAAUUGCUCAGGAAGUGUUGUGAUAGUCCUUCAUGAGGCAAUCAAUAAGUUUCAGCAGAAUUUUUGAUUCUUUUCUGCAGAAAAGCAAGUAUUUUCAGGAAUACCAUGCCAUUAUGCCUUACCCUGCUUUCCUCCGGAAAGCUUUAUGCAUUGGUUAUUAGGAAUGAGAGUCAGUUUCCCUCAGUAGCUCCCUUGUGUCUACACCAACGUGACUGAGUCCAGAAACGGGAAGUCAUUCAUCUCUCUCUCCAAAGCAAGAAACUUAGGAGGAGACACUGAAGUCAGGUUCACCUGGGCUAGUCUCUGGGAACUACAUUCUUCUUCCUGCCUUGGGAGUAGAAAAGAGAAGUGAUUUCUUCUGUGAAUCCAUUGCUUCCCUGAGCAUCAGAUGAUCAGCUCAAACAUACCUGCAUAGCUAAGUACGAUGCCAUCCAAUCCAAGUUGCCAGCUGUGCCGAGCAGACCUGUGCUUAUUGUCACAUGUCUUCUGAAAGUUCAGUUUCUACUCAAUGAGCAUCAGGAUUAAAUACUGUGUUGGUUGGCUGUCCAGCUUGAGAAGUGCCCCAGGGCCUUUUCCUCCAUGCCCACUUACAGGUUUCCUGUGAAGCAACGACUUCCCGUACCAAAACUAAGUUGUAGUUUACCUCACUCACUGUAUAGCGCACAGCUCACACCAUAGAUGUAAACACAAGCAUUAGAGUGCUCUACACAAUUCCCAAUAAAGCUCCCAGCCCGCGAUAACCAGGUAAAGCCUUGUUGUCCUUUAUUUACUAGCUGCAGGAUAAGCAGGCAUAUAUACCGAGGCCUCCUUCCCUUUCUUGAAAGUCUUACUAAACACUCUCUCUUGGUAUUCUGUUAUCUAUUCCACAUCCAACAUGUAGCAAAUAAAUUUGCUUCAUUGCCAUCAAAGGACUGAGAAUAAAAAACAAACCAUUGUACAAAUUGCAUUUCAAAAUAAACUAAUAAAUAUACAGUCUGCAUAACUCACUCA